UUUUCUUUACGUCGAACGAGACGAAAGUUUAGACGUUGCGUCACACCGCAGCGAACGUCAUGGCACUGCUUUCCGAUACGUUUUGUCUCGGCGGAAGAAAGCAUCCAUCACACCGUGUAGAUUUGACCGAGACACACAUAGCCGUCCAACCAGCGUCGAACGGCGCCGCUGCGAACGCAAAACGGGAAGAAAGCGCAGUCGUCACCGCCCUGGAUGACGUUAUAGGCGUCAAGCUACUUCCAGACAACCGCUCGUCGGGAGCCUGGUUACACAUCUACUCCUAUCCGAGGCGCAAGUCACGUUGGGGCAAGUUGGACAGAUGUAGGACGGACAGGAGUUAUUUCGUUUGUAGCGAGGAGACGCAGGAAGGCAAUAUGAGGAUUGGAGAGCGAUGGAGGUGUGCUGUUUGGAGUGUAGUACGAGGUCGUCGGUUUGUUCCGGGUAGUCUGACUGUGCCUCCGUCUCGACGGUUUCUCGUGCUGAUCAACCCAGCCAGCGGGUCUGGGAAUGCACAGAAGGUCUACGAACGUUACGUGCUUCCGAUGUUUGACAUGGCUGAAGUAGAGAGAGACGUCAUAACGACAGAGAGAGCGGGUCACGUACUCGAGUUGUUGAAGAAAAUGGACAUCGAACAGUUGAAAUCUUUCAGCGCUAUCGUAAUUGUGUCUGGAGAUGGUUUAGUGUACGAGGCAUUCAAUGGUUUGAUGGCUCGGAAAGACUGGGAGGCUGCCAUUCAAACUCCGAUAGCGGCGAUUCCUGGCGGAUCAGGGAAUGCGCUUGUUACAUCGAUUCUUUACGCAGCAGGGGAGCCUUUUACACCCACUUGUGCUGUGUUUGCUGUGCUUCGGGGCGAGAUAGCGCCAAUAGAUCUCGCGACCGUUCAGAGUCAAGACAAGACACACUACUGCUUUCUCAGUCUAACGUGGGGUCUAACGGCUGACGUCGAUAUCAAUUCGGAAAACUACCGUUUUAUGGGAAAUUCGCGUUUUGCGGUGAGCUUCUUGUCGAGACUCGUAUCGUAUCCAAAGUAUCGUGCGAGGCUCUACUACCUACCGGUCGACGACUCGAUAAGUGAGGAGACGGGCAUGGCAGGCAGCGGAGACGAAGACAAACCGAACGCUCACCUGCUACCAUCGCUCGACGACAGUUUGUCUGAAGACAGCGGCUGGAAAUGCAUAGCUGGCGAGUUCAUCACGGUCGUCGGCUCCAUGCUCACUCAUUUGUCACCGACUCUGCACAUUGCCCCGAGCGCCACCCUCGAUGGAGGCGUCAUGUAUGUAGUAGUCACCGGCGGCAAUGUGUCACGAAUGAAGGUGAUGAAGGUGUUUACAAACAAAUCGUGUCCGGAUGACAGUGUGGAGAUCUACGCGGCUAGAGCCUUUCGUCUGGAACCGGAUCUCGGCGAGCAAGCACGGCAGAGUUACAUGGUCUUGGAUGGAGAACGAAUCAAUUACGGUGCCGUACAGCUACAGGUACAUAAGGGGCUGGGACGUGUUCUGGCUCUCACGACGACGAAGGAGCGACCUCAAGAGUGAAGUUAGCGGCCAUCGGUGUGUCACUAGAUGUUGGAUGUUUAACAUAUUGAGAGACACAGAUAACAAAACAAUUUGUCUGUUGCAUAUAUUUCUACACAUGAUGUCACAGGAAUAUACCCUAACGCGUAAUUUAGUUUAGUGUGACAAACAUGCAGACUGAUGCGUUGGACCCUAGAGAUUAUCGUUCCGAUUUGCAAUGAAAAUGUCUACUAACAUUACUUUGGCAGAGGAAACAUGAUUAUGAUUGUAAUACAAAA